GCCGACACACCCGCUUCAUAAUUCAAACGAACGGCAUUUUAUUUUCACAGGAUCGUGAAUGCUUUUACACAAUAGCGCAUUUUAACCUUGUUUAUUUUACCAAAUUGUGUUUCGUUUGCUGUUUAUUGUGCGUGUCGCCAUGUCCCAGCAGCCCAACAAUGUGUUGCGCCCCAAGGAAAAUGCCCUGGCACAAAAGCCGGAAGCGGCGGGCGCCGUCCUGAACAUGCAAAAGAAGAUGUUGCUUCUGCCCAAGAAGCCCACUAGCGAGAAUUCGGCACCAGCCAGCAAGCCCGUUUUGGGGGCUCAAGGCCCAGGGAUCAGGAGUGCUACGACAACAGCGGGUGGCAUGCGGCCUCCCUUGAAAGCAGGCCCAGGAUCCUCCUCCACAGCUGCAGCAAAGCUUCAGAAACCACUGGUGCCCACUGCGGCUCCAUUGAAGAAGGCAGCUUCGGAGUUUGUGGCUCCAGCUCCGGUGGCGUCCAUCAAGAAGGCGGAUGCGGCCCCAACUCAAAAACCUAGUGCUAACGCAGGGGCAGCCACUGCAUCCAGCAACUCGACCAGCGCUAACAAAGAAAAAGGAAAGACUGAAAACCAGCCACAAAAACCAAAAAAGACCUGGGAGCUAAACAACUUUGAUAUUGGACGCCAGUUGGGACGCGGAAAGUUCGGGAACGUGUAUCUGGCUCGCGAGAAGGAGUCCCAAUUCGUGGUGGCCCUUAAAGUGUUGUUCAAGCGCCAGAUUGGUGAGUCCAAUGUGGAGCAUCAGGUUCGUAGGGAAAUCGAGAUCCAGUCGCACCUGCGGCACCCGCAUAUCCUGCGCCUGUAUGCCUACUUCCAUGACGAUGUGCGCAUCUACUUGAUCCUGGAGUACGCGCCACAGGGAACUUUGUUCAAUGCUCUGCAGGCGCAGCCGCUGAAGCGGUUCGAUGAGCGCCAAUCGGCCAUAUACAUACAGGCGCUGUGCUCAGCGUUGCUUUAUCUGCACGAGCGGGACAUUAUCCACCGCGACAUUAAGCCGGAGAACUUGCUACUGGGCCACAAGGGCGUUUUGAAGAUAGCCGACUUCGGUUGGUCUGUGCAUGAACCCAACUCGAUGCGGAUGACGCUGUGCGGCACCGUGGACUACCUGCCGCCUGAAAUGGUCCAGGGCAAGCCGCACACCAAGAACGUCGAUCUCUGGAGUCUGGGCGUGCUCUGUUUUGAGCUGUUGGUGGGCCACGCCCCCUUCUACUCGAAGAACUACGACGAGACGUAUAAGAAGAUCCUUAAGGUGGACUACAAGCUGCCCGAGCACAUCUCCAAGGCGGCCGCCCAUCUGAUUUCCAAGCUGCUUGUCCUCAAUCCACAGCAUCGUCUGCCGCUCGACCAGGUGAUAGUGCACCCGUGGAUCCUGGCGCACACACAGUGAUCGCUUUGAGUUGCCUUCAGUUAUUAUUUCCUUUUUUAGUUUGAAGUUUAUAGUUGUAGUUAUAGUUCUCGCCGCUUAAUUUAAUUAUGGCAACUUGAAAAUUGCAAGAAAUUUACGUUUAUGUAUUUAGUUUAUGUUUAUUUUUAUUAUUAUUAUCAAUACCAAUAAAGUUCUGCGUGUGCUUCGAA